AUGUUUCAAAGGUCCGAAACAGACAUUAUCGAAGAGAAUGAUUUGGAUUGGUUUGGCUUACGCUUUUGUGAAGAAUAUGAGGAAGAAGAAGGUGGGGGAGAUGACAUGGGGAAUACGGUUGAUGAAGGUGGUGGAGAUGCCAUGGAGAAUACCGUUGAUGAAGGUGGGACAUCAAGUUUGGAAAAGACGGAAAUGGCAACUGACGAAAUGAAUGAUACCAACCAAUUUUCUAAGUAUGAUUUAAACGAAAACCCAUUGUUGUUGAGUAGAGAUGGCAUGGUUGGGCAUGUUUUUCAAUCACUGGACAUGGCUGAAGAAUUCAUUCAUGAAUAUGCAAGAUUCAUUGGGUUCAGCCUACGUAAAAGUAUCAUGCGAAAAAAUACUACAGGUGAUGUACGUCAACAUCAGUGGGUAUGCUCCCGCGAGGGCUGGCGAUCUGAAAUGCAUGUGGGAAGGCUUGAUAGAACUAGGGAGCCUAAGCCAAUUAGUCGAGUGGGAUGCAAGGUUUGCUUUCGAGUGAACUUGGUGAAGGGUAGUACGCAUUGGAUAUGCAAAGAAUUCAUCCCAAUUCAUUCUCACAACAUUGUAGCAGAAAACCAUAAACAAUUCCUUCGGUCCAAUCGGAUAAUGACACAAGGAACCUUGACGACUGCACAAAUAAUGAAGGAGUCAGGCAUAAGAACUUGCCACAUCAUGUCAUACAUGGCAAAGAAAAUGGGUGGUUAUGAGAAGCUUCCAUUCACACCAAAGGAUCUUUACAAUCGAAUAUCCCAUGCUUCAAAAGUUGAGUUUAUCGGUUCCAAUGCAGGGCGGGCAAUCGGAUAUUUAGAGCAUAAAGCUGAUGAAGACCCUGAUGGGAGAUGUAGAUCAGACUAUGAAACAUAUGGCCAUGCAGUAGCUUUUGAUUCGACGUACAAGACUAAUAGUUAUGGGAAGCCGCUGCUGAUAUGGAUAGGAAUUAAUAACCACUAUACCACAUGCAUUUUGGGCUUUGCCAUUCUUGACAAUGAGUCUGCCAGCAGCUACAAGUGGGCGACAAGGGCUUUCCUGGAAUGCAUGGGAGGUGUUCUACCGAAAACAGUAGUGACAGAUGGAGACGAAGCUAUUGCUAACACGCUACAGGAGUUGAUGCCUGAUGUACCCCACCGAUUGUGUUAUUGGCAUUUACACAACAAAGCUGUUUUAAAAGUGAAAGAUCCAUCUUUUGCGAGUAGGUUUACCAAAUUGGUAUUCCGGUACUACACAAAGGACGAGUUUGAAGAUAAAUGGUGCAACUUAGUGAAAGAUUUUGGGAUACAAGGCACUGAAUAUGCUGCAAAGCUUUAUGCAGACAAGGAGAAGUGGGCUGAAACAUUUCUGAGAGGGAAUUUCUUCUGUGGAAUGACAACUACUCAACGAAGUGAAGGUAUUAAUGCGGUGUUGAAGAAAAAAGUGAAUCAAAAGUUGAAGUUGUACGAGUUCGUCAGGGGGGUCAACAUGACCUUAUCUUUAAUUAGACAACGUGAAGCAAAAGAUGAGUACAUUACACUUCACACUAGUCCCCAGCUCGGGAAGACAAAUUUGCCACAGAUAGAGGAUGAAUUAGCAAAUCUUUACACACGGAACAUGUUUUACAAGGUACGACACCAGAUGUUGAAAGAAGGUAGGUACAUGGUGAAAACCCUAUUGGAGGAAGAGGAUGCAAUCAUUUUGAAGCUUCACAAGUAUGCUGCUGAACAAGUGAAGAGGCAUGUAUAUGUAACACCGGAGCGUGAUCUCUUUGUUUGUGAAUGCCAAUAUUUUUUGUCAUAUGGGAUACCAUGCCGGCAUAUAUUUGCUUCAAUAAAACGACUACACAUUACUUCAAUGCCUCGAGCACUAAUACUAUCUCGGUGGAUGGUUGAGACUAAACAGACUCACAAUUUUCCAAUUGGCAAUAUGGACGCUACCUUAGACAAACGAGAGGUGGAGAGUGCAAGAUUUGGUGCAAUUAGUAGCCAGUUGGGUGAACUUGCGUAUCUUGGAUCGAGGAAUCAGUCGACAUACCAUAUUGCAAAAAGUGAGAUUGACAGAUUAUGCGGUAAGCUUAAAGCAGUUGUGGACAUGGGAGACAAGGAGAUUAGCCAUAACCUUCCUCUACACAGGGAGUUUCAAUUCCCAGUGUUGGAUCCAUACUUCACAAAAAGUAAGGGUACAACAAAGGUACCUGGCUCGAAAAAAGGUACUCGCCGCAAGUGUAGUAUCUACCAGAAAAGUGGACAUAACAAGUUGACUUGCCCGAUAAAAUGGAAGAAGGAUCACCGGAUUGGAGAGUCAGAUGAAUAUGAAGAUGCAGAAGAAGAUGACCAAUGCUAUGGAAUGGGAUUGAAUAAUGAAUGGGCUGGGCAAAACUCAAUGGACUACACACAACAUGAGAAUGAGACAGAAAAUGAUGUUGUUGACGAUUUAGGCAGUGAACUACAGAAUGAUAAAGUGAAUAAAGUGGGAACACAGGUUGAGGAGGGAAACAAUUGGUGGAAAAGUCCUUUCUGA